UUUCUUUCUCCUCUGUAGAAAGCUUUAAUUCACAGCAGAUAUGAACAAAACCAAGCUCCCCUCCUCUUCUUCAUCUUCCUCCUCCCUUGUUUCUUCUUCAAUGGCAUCUCUCUCUCCUCCUCCUCCCAUCUUCACCCCUAUUCAAGAAUGCGAAAGAGAAGGAAAUGACAACCAAGAUUCCGACGAAAAAACCAAUAAGGAAACCAGAAUGCAUCAAGGAUCUGAAAACGACGGCGUUUCCUGUAACAAAUGCAGACCAGGAAAUCGUGACAAGAUAUCUAUCGUUCCUGUCGACAAUAAUGGCGUCAGCCCUAAUACCGGUUUACUAAAAUCGAUAUUUUCUUCAUUAACGAAAAAAAGUCCACGAACACCGUCUGCGGAAGCGGAGCUGUCUCAAAAAUUAAUACAAGCGACGAAAAACAGAGACGAUGCUGUUCUAGAAGUUUCUAGAUUGAAAUCUUCUGUUUCCAACCUCGAGAAAAAACUGAAUGAUUUGGAAACUUAUUGCCAUAAUCUCGACAGUAGCAAGAAUCAAUCUUUUACUGUCGGAAACCCAGAUAAAGUGAUCAAACAUUUCUUAAUUUCAAUAUCUGAAUCUCGUUCGCAUGUUAGAAUCCUUAGUCAUUCCAUGACAAUUCAAAUCCGACAACUUGGAACAAAAUCUCUAAAUCGAAUCUCAUCUCUUCUACAUCCAUACGAUAUUUCCAUUUCUAAAAACCCUAAAACCCUUCAAUUCUAUCUCGAGGCUAUUCUCAACAAAUCUUUCUUCCAAGAUUUUGAAUCAAUUGGAUUCCAUAAAAGUUCCCAAACCCAGAUCUUGAAUCCCAUUGAACGAUGUGAAUCAAACUUUAAAUCCUUUAACAAUUUGCAGAAUCUGACAUGGGAUGAAGUAUUAGACAAGGGAACAAGAUAUUUUAGCGACGAAUUCAGCCGUUUUUGUGACAGGAAAAUGAAUGAGGUUGUGACUAUGUUGGGUUGGAAUCGAACUUGGCCGGAAUCUUUAUUGCAAGCUUUCUUUGGUGCAUCGAAAUGGGUAUGGAUUGUUCAUCUUCUUGCUAAUGCGGUUCAUCCUAGCUUGCCUGUUUUUAGGGUGGAGAAAGGUGUUCGGUUUGAAUCUAUUUAUAUGGAAGAUAUGAACGACGGCGGCGGUGGCGGCGCCGGAGAGAACAACCGGAAAACUGCUCCGGCGAUGGUUAGGGUGAUGGUGGCGCCGGGGUUUUAUGUUUAUGGUAAUGUGGUUAAGUGUAAGGUUAUCUGUAGCCAUGGUAGUGAACAAGGAUGAGACAUGAAGGUAAUGGUUUUUUUUUUAGGGUUUUUGUUUUUACUGAAUUUGAUCUUAAAUUGUCUUGUUCUCUGUUUAGAACAUGUCUUUUCUUUGUGUGUCCUUUUGUAGGGCACUCUUUUGCUGGUAAGGGAUCUUUUCUCUUUACUCUGAUGAUAAGUCAAAACCCCAUAGUUGGAUUUUUCAA